AUGACGAUAUUGCGAUUGUUUAGGUUGUAUUCUGUGAAACGAAAUACACAUCUGAUUGCAACUAACCUAGAGCCAAUUAAAUUCAAUCAAGAUGACAAAGACGCAAUACAGUCAAUAUUGAAGUUGGUUCCUCUGAACCGCGAAACAGUGAAAAAUAAUGUUGUUCGCUCCAAGAGUAAUCGAGAGUAUAUAGAUCGAAAGAUAAGCACCGUCAAAAGUUUGUUCCCAAGCGAGCCCGGGUCGGAACUAUUAUCAAUGAAGCCACCAGACCAUCUAAAGAAUCCCUUUUUUGACGUGUACUCAAAGUCAACUUAUGAUGCGGAUGGUAAGGUCCUUGUAGAAGGAACGGAUAGGCUAUCCGUUACCAAACUAUUGACGAAGAGAUGGUGUGAGUUGAAUCAAAUGUAUGAUAUAUACUCAAGAAAGCCCAUAUUCGAACAUAUUCAGCUCAAAAUUGGGAAACAAGAACACGAAAAGCUCGAAACCGCUAUUCAUGGAAUAGCACCGGAUGUUAAAGUUUUCAUGGAUACUUAUGAAUGGGAAUUAGCUAAUGACGAGCUCCACGAACUAGCGGAUGCUUGGUUUCAGUGUAUAAACAGGUUGCUUACAUUGUUUAGCAACGGAGAAGCUCGAGAAAUCCUUUGUCACGGAUACUUAGACUCUCGAACAUGCAAACUAAUAGAUGGUUGUGCUAAAGAUGAUAAAGACAUACUUGUAAGCGGUGUAAUCGACCAUAUUAUACUGUUUCAUGUAGACAGUGGAAAGCCAAAAUCACUGGAUCCAAAUCUAAGAGAGUCGAACAACAAUGAUAUGUAUGAGAUCCUAGAGUCUUUAACAAAAACUGUUCAGCGGACUACUGAUCUUCAAAUCGCUGUCAGCGAUGUGAAAACUCGGCCUACUGCUACAGUACCUCGAUAUGCUUCUGUAGUAAAUGCGUCAAAACUUCAGGUCAUGUAUUACAGGAAUUUCUUGGAGACACUUGGCAAGGAUUCUAAAGUAACAUUCGACAGGCUAUUAAUCAAUGCAGAGAGAAGAGGAAUAAGUGUAGACGAGCCAAUAAACAUUUCAAAUUUGAUCUAUUUCAUGGAGAUUGACCCCAGCAUUAGACCUGAUCUAGAAAAAAUAAUGAACGGAGAGGCAAUCGGGUUUGAACCAUACGAUGACUCCUACCUCUAUACUACAGAGAACGCAAGUAACGAAACAUCCAUAUAUGAUCUAUCCCAGUACUCGGACCUAACAAUUGAUGAAACCACACUACAGAGAUACGGUGUAUUCUAUCAAAAAUGGGCUAGACCACCAACGUUACGGUAUUUGGCAGCCAGACUAGCUCAAUUGUAUCAGCUAGUAGCACAACUAUUAUCAGAUCGUCUUAUGAUAGAAUACUACAAAGGAAGCUACAACUUCCACACUGAACGUUUCAAAUAUGAUCCUGAGUUUCUCAACCAACAGUGCUACAAUAGUGCGCGAUUUUGGUUCGGGAAGCGUCCCGUAGAACCAAUACCACCAACAAACCACAAUCUAGCUACACAUUGUAAGUAUUGCGACUACCAUGAUGUAUGCAGUUGGAGGGCAAAUGGCAUAAAUUCUUUUAAACAACUUGGUAAUGAUUUACAAGAAAUUAGCAAGGUUUGA